AUGGAUCUUGACGGACCGGCUCUGGCACCUCCCAAGGGUAUCAAGCCCAAUUUCGACAACCCCCCGAAUCAGAAUGGAAUGGCACAGGCUAUAUUGGCGGUUUGUGCGGCCGUAGCCACUGUGUGCCUUUUUCUACGUGCCUAUGCAAGAGUGUACUUGUUGAGAAAGGUUCAAGUUGAGGAAAUCCUAGCAAUUUGCGCCUUUGGAUGUUUUUGGGGCGCAAUAUGGGCUACGUUUGCCAUGGUCAAAACCCCUGGAUAUUUUGUCCACCAGUGGAAUAUCCGCCUUCGAGACACUGACGACGUCAACUACUAUGUUCUAGUUUUCGGUGUCUGCUAUUCAAUCGUAUUGCCUACGCUCAAAAUCGCUAUUCUGGUCGAGUGGUGUCGCAUGUUUGCUCCUCGAGGCCGUCAAUCUGAGGGUUAUUUCUGGUGGGGUUGUGCUAUUGUCAUCUUUGUUCAAAUUACCUCGGGCAUUGCUAUCGUGAUUGCCUUGAACACGCAAUGCAUUCCUCAUAAGGCGAUCUACAACCUCGCCAUCCAGGGAAAAUGCUUCGAUCUGUAUAAGCUGGAAGUCAGUUCGGCGACUAUUCAGCUGGCGUCGGACAUUGCCAUCAUGUUGCUGCCGCAGCGGGUGAUAUGGACUUUGAAAAUGACAUGGCGCAAGCGGAUGGGUGUUUCUGUGAUUUUUGGUUUGGGUUUGUUAGCUUGCGUCUCCGCCGCCUUCCGACUAGCCGUGACAAUCCAACACAGCGAAGCCCUGGACUCAAUCUACCAUCUCGCUCCCCUCGUCUUCUGGGCCACGGCUGAAAUGUCGUGCGGCUUCUUCAUUGUUUGCCUGCCUUGUAUCCCUAAGAUCCUGAAAGAGACUGGAGUCAGCCGGAACAUCAAGCGAGCAUUCGGGAUGAAGACCUCGGGUACCAAUUCUAAGGGAAUAGAGCACUACGGGGUUUCCGGUCGGUCGACCGACCACGCCAAGGGAGCUUCGGUUUCGAACACUUAUCACAAAAUAGAUGAAGAUGGGGUGCCGCUGGGGGCAUUGAAGGGAUCAGAGUCUACGGAGCAUUUGAAUGCGGGUAUUACUCGCACGACUAGGAUCACUGUCACGCAGGAUCCUCGCACCGUUAGUGAUGAUGGGAGUCGUGGGAUUCUCUAUCCAUAG